GUUAGUUUUUGGUGACCUGUGACGGAAUAUUAUAUACAAGAUAACUAUAACGAACGAACACCGCCUAACAACCUCCAUUUGUCGAUGAACAAAAAUGGCCAACAUGUCAGGAAGAGUCGAUGUGAAAAAUCUACUCUCGUCGUUUAUAUCGACAGGUGUCGGUAAAUGCCCGAAAAUUUCGCCAGAUAUUGUGAUUGACAAUGAUAGUGAUGGUGAUGAUGUGAACCAUACCUCUAAAGACCAAACACCAAACGAUCCUCGGAAUAAAGCAAAAUAUUUAAACAGAGUUGGGUCAUAUACUGUUCGGACUUGGUUUGCUAAACCCCUGUCUUUAUCACCAAUGAUCUGUGCACGAUAUGGUUGGCAGAACACCGAUGUUGAUAUGCUACACUGUGUUUGUUGCAGAGCUGCUCUCUGUGCCAAGUUGCCAGCUUCUUCCAAACAAGAAUCAUUGAAAAAACGAAAAAGAAAACGUUCAAUUAAACACUACAUGCAUGAUAAAGAAUUCUGUAAGAAGCUAAAGAAAUCCCUGGUUACGUCUCAUGAACCACUGUGUCCUUGGUCAUCUAAUCCUAGUCCAGAAUAUUAUUCAAUGAUUAACUGUCACAACAAAGACAAAGUAAUUCAAGGGUUUUCCAACAGAAUCAACAAACUAGUCAAAUUGACCGAAGAGAGAUUGCCGAACAUCAACAUGGACAAAUGUAACGAGGAGGUACUCUUACCAAACUUUUGGAAUAAGUUGUGUGAAAUCUUUGAAGCCAAAUUCAUAGAAUCUGAUUUAAAACCUAACUUCAACAAAUUAUUACCACUUGCUGUGUGUGGGUGGUCAACAAGCCAGAAUAAUGAUGUGAUUAUCUGCAAGUACUGCCAGCGUCAUAUUGCGUUGUGGAAUUAUGUUCGGGUUGCAUCUUCACCUAAUUUAAAUGGGCAUGUAUUCACAAAAGCACCAGAGACACCACAUACAAGGAAAAGAAAGAAAUCUAAUAAUACUGUGAAUGAGAAGCGCAUUAAACUUAGUAUUAAAGAUAGCUUAGACCCUGUUUCAGAGCACCGCAACUGGUGUCCCUGGGUGAACAUUGAAUCAUGCCAAACUGCAGAGGUGCUAGAAAUGGAAUUGAACCUGUUAAAUGAUGCAGUGGAAAAAUGUACUUCAGGAGUUGUCUCAGUACAUGCUGAUCAGGACUCACCUUCAAAGAAGAAAAUAGUUGCCUGGGCUGAGAUUUGUAUUAUCCUGGCAGAAUAUUUUGGUAUCUGUGAUUCCACCAGUCCUGAAAAGACAUCUCCUUUCUGUCAACUGCGUCAUGUGCGUAACCUACUCAGCAUGUGGUCAUCACCUCAGCAGCCUCCUCCAAAAUCAAGUUUUAUUGUAGACGAAACAGACUCUUCCGUGAAAGACCCACAACCACGGAAGUCUUUACUUUCACCAUCUAAAUCAUCAAAGAAAACCACAUCUCCAAAAGCGAGUUCGUCCCUGCAGAAAUCUCCAGAGGCUACAGCAACUGUUUCACCACGAAUGACCAGAACAGCUCAGUUACUUACUCCUAUCAUUGCAAAAGAAUUCUCUACAACAGACAUAACUGAAAUUAAUUUAGAUGAAGUUUUGUCUGCUGCAGUAGGUACCUCUAAUACGAAUGUUAACACUGUUGUUAAAAAGACCCCACAAAAUAAGGCGAGUACCUCUGCAGCAUCAACUGCAAAGACUCCAGCUAAAGCUAGCGCUGCUUCUGCGAAAACUGCUCCAGCUAGCUCUGUUUCUACGAAAACUGUUCCAGCUAGCUCUUUUUCAUCGAAAACUGCUCCAGCUGAGACCAUUCCAAAAACACCAAAUAAUAGAAAUCCAAACCAUCAGACUGUUAAUUCUGGUGCUGCAGGUUCCACUGGUACCGUUUCAAAUGCACCAACUCCAGGCGCAAAUACUCGGUCAGCUAGUGCAAACACACCUGGCCACCCUGGUGCCAUGGCUUCUGCUCGCCAUGUCCCAGAUUCACCACAUUUUGGUGCAAAUACUCGUUCAGCCAAUGUUAAUAAUCCCCUUCACACUGGUGCUAUGACGACCCGGAGUAACAGUGGAACCCCUAUCCGUUUUCCCAAUACACAUCCUCCUGUCCAGAGAGGUGUGAUGACUCGCAUGGCACAGAAAGCUCAUCAACAGAACUUUCAAAGACAGAAAUGGCGGUGGGCUAACUAAGUCAGACGUUUUAUAUUUCACUCCAGUUUAUAUGAGGAUGUCUGUCUUUGCUAAAUUAAUUAAUGUGUAUAACUAUCUUGAUUAAAACACCAUUCUCCGCUUCCACUAAUGUCAUUUCGUUCACUUUUAUCAAGAAUCAUUGUAUACUUCAAAAUUGUUACCGAACCAAUUUUAAGAUAUAAAAUUUAAUUCUUCAUAAAAUCUC